GAAGGUUCGCCAGCGCCGCCGCUAUGUCGUCCAAGUCUAUGGUUCUGGGUUACUGGGAUAUUCGCGGGCUGGCGCACGCCAUCCGCCUGCUCCUGGAGUUCACGGAUACCGCCUAUGAGGAGAAGCUGUACACGUGCGGGGAAGCUCCUGACUAUGAUCGAAGCCAGUGGCUGGAUGUGAAGUUCAAGCUAAACCUGGACUUUCCCAAUCUGCCCUACCUCAUGGAUGGAAAGAACAAGAUCACCCAGAGCAAUGCCAUCCUGCGCUACAUCGCUCGCAAGCACAACAUGUGUGGUGACACUGAAGAAGAAAAGAUCCGAGUGGACAUCAUGGAGAACCAAGUCAUGGAUUUCCGCAUGCAGCUGAUCCGGCUCUGUUACAACUCUGACCACGAAAAACUGAAGCCUGAAUACUUGGAGCAGCUACCUGGACAACUGAAACAAUUCUCCUUGUUCCUGGGGAAAUUUUCGUGGUUUGCAGGGGAAAAGCUCACCUUUGUGGAUUUUCUCACCUAUGAUGUCUUAGAUCAGAACCGUAUGUUUGAGCCCAAGUGCCUGGAUGAGUUCCCAAAUCUGAAGGCUUUCAUGUGCCGUUUUGAGGCUUUGGAGAAAAUCGCUGCCUACAUCCAGUCUGACCGCUUCUUCAAGAUGCCCGUCAACAACAAGAUGGCCCAGUGGGGCAACAAGCGUGUCUGCUGAGCGGGAGGCGGGUUCACGCUGCUUAUUUUGUCCCAUCCUGCCCUAAGGAGGCCUGCACUCUCUCUUCUUUGCUCUUUUCAAUAAAUGGCACUACUAGUUCAAGGCUG